GGACGAGAGGAACAGACAGAUUGUUGGGCUGAAGAUCAAUGAACGCCAUGGAUAGCAAAUAGGAACCGAGUCUAAAUUUUACACGUCUAGCCUGCAGCCAUUGAUGCUGUCAAUGAUUGACAGCUGCUACUCUUUGUUGUUGUUGUCAGACUGUUUGUUGUCGCUUGUCUUGGAUGCUGAAGGAUUGAUAGGAUUGGAAUUACGCUUCUGUCUGCCAUCCUCAAGACUUGCAUUGAGAGGUCCAAAAAUUGGAUGCAGACAAAAUAUUUGUGACCACAUCAGCAUUCGGCGUCAGCGUGACUAACAGGAGAAGCGUCGAGUCCGUCAGGAGUGGCGACAGCAGCCAGUCAGAGCGGAGAGAUGCUGAGUCCGUGCGGGCGUGCGGCAUUGGCCUUCAUGUCAUUACAGCUGCUGCUAUGGCGCGAAACUGUGACCAUCGAAGUUCCUCAAGACCCAAAGAUCCUGGCAGACCUGAAACAGCCCCCGACUAUAAUCAAGCAGUCAGUGAAGGACUACAUUGUGGACCCCAGAGAUAACAUCAUCAUCGAGUGUGAGGCCAAGGGCAACCCUGUGCCAACGUUCACGUGGCGAAGGAAUGGGAAGUUUUUCAACAUCGGGAAAGAUCCUCGGGUGACGAUGCGGAAACGCUCGGGAACGCUGGAAAUCGGUUUCCGUAACGGAGGACGUCCGGAGGAUUACGAAGGAGAGUACCAGUGUUUUGCCAACAAUGUACAUGGGAUGGCGCUGUCGAACAAAAUUGUACUCCGGGUCUCCAAGGCUCCUUUGUGGCCGAAAGAGGUUCUGGAGCCGGUGGUGGUGACUGAAGGCACCUCGUUGGUCCUCCCCUGUAACCCCCCUCCUGGUCUCCCGCCCCCUUUCACUUUCUGGAUGACGAGCAUGAUGAUGCCCAUCCGUCAGGACAAGCGCGUUUCAAAGGGUUUAAACGGAGACAUGUACUUCUCCAACGUGAUGGCCCAAGAUGCUAACUCCGACUACAGCUGCAACGCCCGCUUUCCGUUCACGCACACCAUCCAGCAGAAGAACCCCUUCACUCUCAAAAUUAUUACCAACGAGCCGUAUAAUCGCACAUCUUACAAUGCCAGUGACACUUAUGGUGGCCGUAAAGUAUCCGAGUCGACGCCAACCUUCCUCUUACCGUUGGGGAGUGAGAGCUCCAAAAUGGUGCUGAGAGAUAAGCAACUACUGCUGGAGUGUAUAGCUGCAGGACUACCCACGCCUACGAUCAAGUGGUUUAAGAAAGGCGGAGAUCUGCCAGGACACAAAGUGAAACUGGAGAAUUACAACAAGACGCUGAAAGUGAUCAACGUAUCCGAGGAGGACGCCGGGGAAUACGUCUGUAUGGCCAACAACCACUUGGGCAGCAUACGCCACUCCAUUUUUGUUCAAGUCAAAGCGGCUCCUUACUGGCUGGACAAACCUACAAACCUGGUACUUGCCCCGGAAGAGAACGGGCGCCUGGUGUGUCGGGCGAAUGGCAACCCUAAACCCAGCAUCCAGUGGCUGAUCAACGGGCAAACAAUCGACAGCUCUCUGGCCAAUCCGAGUCGACAGAUGAUGGGAGACACUAUCAUCUUCCGCUCGGUGCAGAUAGGAAGCAGUGCUGUGUAUCAGUGCAACGCCUCCAACCAGCAUGGCUACCUGCUGGCCAACGCCUUCGUCAGCGUCCUCGAUUAUCCUCCAAGGAUGCUGGGGCCUAAAAACCAACUUAUUCAAGUGGUGAAGAACAAUCGCACCUUCUUGGAUUGUCCUUUCUUCGGUUCUCCUCACCCUGCGUUACGCUGGUUUAAGAACGGACAGGGCAGCGGCCUGGAUGGCGGUAUGUACCGCCUCUACAUCAACGGAACCUUGGAGAUCAAACGUGCCCGAGUGGAGGACGAAGGAACCUACACCUGUGUGGCCAGCAGCAUUUUAGGCAUGGCCGAAAACCAAGUCCGCCUGGAGGUCAAAGAGCCGACACGCAUAGUUGGAGCUCCUCAGCGUCAGUCGGCCGUAAGAGGUUUAACAGUUCGCUUUGAGUGUAAAGUGGAGUCUGACGCCAGCCUGCCCGUCUCUGUGGAGUGGAUGAAGGAUGACAAGCCUCUCUAUCUGGGAUGGAGGAUGAAGAAGGACGAUGAAUCUUUGACCAUCUCCAACAUCAACGAGGGCGAUGAGGGAACUUACACAUGUUCUGUUAAAUCAGAGAUUGAUCAGGACUCAGCGUCGGCACGGCUCACUGUGUUAGAGGAAGCCUCCCUCAACCCCUCACUUUCUAGUGGCUUGCCUCCAGACCACCCAGACCCUCCGUUGGAUCUCGAUCUGUCAGAUCCAGCAGCACGCAGUGUUCGACUCACCUGGAUUCCUGGAAACGACCACAGAAGCCCUAUUACAGAAUUUCUGGUCCAGUUUGAGGAGAACCACUGGGAGCCAGGAAGAUGGCAGGACCUGGCCACCUACCCCGGGGACCUCAAUUCCGUCAUCCUGCAGCUUGCUCCCUUUGUCAACUACCAGUUUAGAGUCAUUGCCAUUAACGCGGUGGGUCAGAGCAAGCCAAGCGCGCCCUCACCUCGAUACAAAACCAGUAGCGCUGCUCCAGAUGUCAUUCCCAGAGGUCUCCAAGGGUGGGGCUCGGAGAAAAACAACAUGGAGAUCACUUGGGAGCCCCUGCUUGAUCUGGAGAAAAACGCUCCAAACCUGCAGUACGUGGUGUGGUGGAGGCGGAAGGAUUCCGAUGCCGAAUGGAAUAACGUCACCACAAUCGGGAACAAAGUUGUUGUGCACGACACAAACACUUAUGAGCCUUAUGAGAUUAAAAUCCAGGCCUCAAAUGAUGUCGGCCCAGGACCAGAGUCUAAUGUGGUGAUCGGGUACUCAGGAGAAGACAAACCAACCAAUGCUCCUACAGAAUUGCGUAUUUCAAAGGUGGACAGCACUAAAGGACACAUCCACUGGAAGCCUGUGGACCUGGCCUCUGUCCAAGGAGAAUUUAAGGAGUACAGACUAUACUACUCUCGGGAGUCCAGUCAUGUUCCGGGUCUGCUGGUUAGGAAGGAGAACAAGACCAAAGGGUUCUACACGACCAUGGCUGAGCCGUCUGCCAUCCUCAGCCGUCUUGUACCCUUUUCGCGAUACAAGAUGUUUAUGGUUGUGGCUAAUAAUCGUUACGAGGGUCCGCCCAGCAACACAGUUGAAUUUAGCACCAAAGAGGGAGUUCCAGACGCUCCUCCAUUCUUCAGAAUCAAUCGAAGAGGUUUUGACACCAUCCACCUGGAAUGGGACAAACCUCUGGAACCAAACGGCAUUCUGAUUGGAUACCAGCUGAAGUACCAAAUAGUCAACGCUUCCAGGGAGGCUCGUCCUCAGAUUGAGACGUUCCCUCCCAACACGACUGAGUACACCAUGCGCCUGCCUGAUCGAUCCACUCGCUACAAAUUCUAUCUGUCAGCGCUCACGCAGGUGGGAGCAGGCGAGGUCUUUCCGGAGGAUUCGCCCUUCUUUACCAAUGAGGAAAACUUUACUGAUGCUACAGGUGUAGUUGAGCUUACGGAUGCCUUUUUGUCUUCAGUUUUUACUGUUACUCCUACUCCUCUUGCUGCUCUUCCUCCUACUACUGCUGCUCCUACAACCGAUAGUACCUCAACCGAUACAACCACUCCUCCUGUUACCACAAUUGCUGCUACUACUACUACUACUACUACUACUACUACUACUACUACUACAGCAGCUACUACCAUUGCUACAACUGAGGCCCUCUCUACCACACCACCUCGUGUGCUUGACGUCAACAAGAAUGGUGAUAAGAAUAUGUUGGUGGUCCGUGGGACAGAGAUCUGGAAUGUGACGGUGGAGCGUAACAGUAACUACGUUAAUGUCAGCUGGACACACAACUUCCCACCCGGCACCAGCAGCUUUGUGCUAGAGUUCACACUGGACAGCGACCAGACAAUGAAAAUUGUACCGGUGGCACAACAGCCGCCAAUUGCGGUGCCAGAUUUGCAGGCAGGCGCCAUGUACCACCUGAGGGUUUACUCGCAUGAAUACAACAGCGUCAGCAGCAACACUGUCACCUUUAUUACCAAAGCAGCUUACAUCGACCAGGUAGACAUCGCUACUCAGGGCUGGUUCAUUGGGUUGAUGUGCGCCAUCGCCCUCAUCAUCCUCAUCCUCCUUAUUGUCUGCUUCAUCAAAAGGAGCCGUGGAGGCAAAUAUCCAGGCGGAGGAUGUGUGACUGCUUUGGCAGGUGGUCUAGUGCGGGAUAAAAAGGAGCUUCCUUUGGAUUCUGUUGAUCAGAAAGACCCGGAUGGAUCCUUUGAUUAUCACAGCGACGAGGACAACAAGCCUCUGCAAGGCAGCCAAACAUCUCUGGAAGGACCCGUGAAGGAGAGCGACGACAGCCUGGUGGACUACGGCGAAGGCGGUGACGGACAGUUUAACGAGGACGGCUCUUUCAUUGGACAGUACACCGUGAAGAAGGACAAAGACGAGACGGAAGGCAACGAGAGCUCAGAGGCCACCUCGCCUGUCAACGCCAUUUACUCGCUGGCAUAGUGCUACUACACUUUGCUUCGGCGGAACUAUGACACAAAGACGCGGGCGGACAAAGACCACGUCCUCAGACAAGAAACUGGGCUGGCUGACUGCAGUUAAUGAAGGAAUGACACAGACCGAUUAGCAUUCACGCCUUCAUUUGACAUUUGCAGAGUAGGAAGCGGACGCGACGUUUGGACUAAGUGCUCAUCUUUCUUUGUGCUCCGCCUGCCCUUUAUCCGCACAGACUUCAAGUGUGCCUUGGAGGUAGCUUUCAGCGUUUGGAGGCAUGGAAAAGCGCUCUGUAGACUUGUUGCAUUGUAGUUUUUACAACAUAUCAGCUUACUACCAUCCACAGAAUGCUAGCAGAUAUGUUUAUCAUAUUGAUAUGUGCACAAUGAAAGAUUCAAAAUGUUCCCCACAGCUGGUAAAAGACUCAUGAAAUCUUAAAGAAUGCUGUACAAAGUCCCGGCAAACCAUUUAGUGCCCGCUAAAUCUAUGCAGCCCAUGCCAUCCCAUAAUGCUUAGUACAUGUCUUUUGCUACCACUUGCAGGGUAUAUCGCUUGCUAAUAAUCACUUUGCCUUUGAAGCUGGAGCGUAAAUGCUUUGUCACCUCAAAUCCAACGUUGUACGUCCCAACAUGCACUGGUGGAGCACAGUGUUCUCUCGGUUAUUGCGCUGGUUACCUUACAGAUAAAGUAGGGAGACUAUUUCAUGAUUUUUAUUAAUAUGACUUGCUUUUACUUAUAAACACUUCCUCUUUUAAAACACGUAAUUUUAACAUAAAACGUAGACUCAACUAGCUGCUAAUGCCAGCUCUCCAAUAAACUAAAGCACGGGUGUCAAACAUUCGGCCCGGGGGUCGGAUCAGACCCGCGAACAGGUUUUAUCCGGCCCGCGGGAUGAGUUUGCCAAGUAUGAAAUUACCCUGAAAUUUUUGUAUGAAAAAAACUGCUAUUCUAAAUGUGUCGCAAUAGCAAUUCUUUGUAUCUGUGUAGAUGAUGCUACAUAUGGACAAAAUAAACCACAUGAUGUUAGUACCUCAGUCGAGGACAAUGAUCAAACUACAUAAAUAACAUACUGUAAUUUGAUUUUGAUAUAAUGUUUUUAUCUUGAUAGAUUGAAAAUUAACACAAAUGAGUUGACUGAUGAACAUUAUCACAUAAUUUAUCAAAUAUAAAUAAUGACAAAUAAAGUACCGUAUUUUUCGGAGUAUAAGCCGCACCGGAGUAUAAGUCGCACCUGCCGAAAAUGCAUAAUAAAGAAGGAAAAAAACAUAUAUAAGUCGCACUGGAGUAUAAGUCGCAUUUUGGGGGGAAAUGUAUUGGAUAAAACCCAACACCAAGAAUAGACAUUUGAAAGGCAAUUUAAAAUAAAUAAAGAAUAGUGAACAACAGGAUGAAUAAGUGUACGUUAUAUGAGGCAUAAAUAACCAACUGAGAACGUGCCUGGUAUGUUAACGUAACAUAUUAUGGUAAGAGUCAUUCAAAUAACUAUAACAUAUAGAACAUGCUAUACGUUUACCAAACAAUCUGUCACUCCUAAUCGCUAAAUCCCAUGAAAUCUUAUAAGUCUAGUCUCUUACGUGAAUGAGCUAAAUAAUAUUUGAUAUUUUACGGUAAUGUGUUAAUAAUUUCACACAUAAGUCACUCCUGAGUAUAAGUCGCACCCCCGGCCAAACCAUGAAAAAAACUGCGACUUAUAGUCCGAAAAAUACGGUACAUAUACUAUUAAUUGCAACAGGUAAUUGUAAAAAAAACAAAAAAACAACAACAAUAUGAUUUGUACAAUUUCAGAAUGUGCUUGUUCUAUUUUUAAACAAAGAAAACAAUCUGAAGUUGUCUUUAUUUUUAAGUUAUCGUGCCGUGAUUUUACCAGUCCGGCCCACUUGGCAGUAGAUUUUUCUCCAUGUGGCCCCCGAUCUAAAAUGAGUUUGACACCCCCGAGCUAAAGAGUCUCACUCAAUAACUCCACAGUGAAAACUUUUUUUAGGAGUUUACUGAAGAUUUUGUGAAGCUAAAAUAAAUGCUAUUGUAAACUGAUAGCGACCAUAGCUUAGCCACAUAGCGGUUUUUGAGCAAGGGAUGACUGCUAGACUUCUAAUUUUGGUUCAACGCAAGUAAAAAACAGGAAGUCAACGGGACACCAAACAAUAACAAACACACUGCAUUAGGGAGUGGGCAUAACUACUUUAUGGUAGGUUCCGAUCUGCGAUGCACCGAGACCGCAAUAAGUAAGGGAACACUCGAUUUCACAUUUAUUUUACAGCAUUUUAUCGUUUAAUGCGAGGACGUGGGAUGGACUACAAGCGUUCUCUUUUUAGCAUGCUGACUGUUGCUGUCAUAUUGAUCUUUUUAUUCUAACACUAUCACACAUUAAACAUAAUCACACAUCAUAAGAGCAAAAAUAGCUAUAACAUAUUACACUGCGUACAUUCAUUUUCUAAUUGCUGUUUGGCGCCAAGAUGAAUAAUGAUGACAUUUAUACCAGAGAAGUCUCAAUGUAGCGCAGGAAUGGUAAAGACGUGUCUUCUAGCAUUAUGUUUAACUUUUUGUUUCUUUGUCAAAAACAUGAUCACAAAAGUGUGCUGAUCGCUUCAAGGUCUGAUGUGAAAAGUAGUUAAAAGCAAAGGAUUCAUUUUCAGAGACAUGCACGUGUAGCACUGUGUGUGUGUGUGUGUGUGUGUGUGUGUGUGUGUGUGUGUGUGUGUGUCAUAGCAAGACGCUUACAGUAAAGAGGAUUUGCACUGGUAUGAUUUAUCAGCAAACCUUUGGCCCCUUUUCUUUAAAAAACUAACUUUAUUCUGAGCCCCUGGUUUUCAAAGGUAAGUUAUAAAUACAGGUUGUAGUUAAUCAUGUCGUUAAUUUGUCAACAGCUUUACCGGCAUGAAAAAUGACAUUUGACAACAUUUUUUGGGAAUGGGAAUUAAUUUCCUUUCAAAAUGCACCAACUUUCAACACCCCCUUUUGUCAUAUUAUAUUAUUACUGUCAUACUGUUUUAGUGUAUUGCAAACUACUGCAAGUUUGUCAACUUUGCAAAGAAAUAGCAUUUCCAAAGAAGGUUUGUUCUUGCUAAUCUUUAUCCUGAUUCCUUCUUCUGUUAGCAGAUUCAAACUCAACAGCAAAAUUCAACUCUUGGCUAAAUCAGCAGAUUUAAAGCAAUAAAUUCAAUGAUCCGUGAAUCAAUAAAUUCAUUGUGCCGUAAAUUAGUAGAUUAAUUGAUCCAUACAUCCAUAGAUGCAUUGAUCCAUAAAUCAAUAGAUGAAUUGAUCUAUCAAUCAAAUGAAUUCAUCUUAAAGCAAUAGAUUCAUUAGUCCAUAAAUCAAGAGGUUAACCAUCCAUACAUCAAUAUAUACUGACUGCAGCUGGCAACUGGAGUUUAUGAUGUAUUUGAAAUUGAUUUGAUAUGUAUGUAUUCCUUUCUGUGCAUAGCAUUUGAUAUAUAAAUCUCCCAUGUAAUAUUUGUCACAUAAAAAUGUAUUUCUGUUAUUUUCAUGUUGACAGAUAUUGAUUGAUUGUGUAAGAAUAUUAUUGGAGCAUCAGGCCUUCCUGAACCAAUUCAUGAAAUUAUUGUUCUAUGUGACAAAAGUAUUCAUUGUGCUGCUCAUGUUGUAUUCCUCUUAUUAUUCAUACUUAUGUUUAUCGUACACAACAAUCAUUUUGUUGUAUAUUUCUAUUGUGUACAUCCUCCAGGAUAAAGCUCUCUUGUAAAUAUUUGACAUGUUGGCCAAUAACGAAAAGUAUGUUGAGUCCAUCAUGUACUUUGUCAUGUUACUGUACUAACAUUUGCAAAAGUCAGAAAAAAAUACUUCAUGUUCCGCUUUGUUGACGUUGUAAUACACGUUACAAGUAUAUGUUACAAGUAUAUGUUACAAGUA